AUGUCUGCUGAAGACUUCGUCAGCAAGUCCUACGACUACAUCGUCUGCGGUGGCGGUACAGCUGGUCUGGUCAUCGCCGCUCACCUAACCGAAGACCCCAACAUCAGUGUAGGAGUUUUGGAAGCUGGAGGAAAUGCCCUGAACGACAUUUUGGUCCAGGCUCCCAAUUUAUUUACUCAGCUCUGGGGCAAACCUGAGUACGAUUGGGACUUUCAAACUGAGGGCACUGCGGGUAGGACUCACAGCUGGGUUCGUGGCAAAGUCCUUGGUGGAAGCUCAGCAGUCAACUUCAAUAUGUUUUCCAUGGCAUCUCGUCAGGACCUGGAUAACUGGGUGGAAUUGGGAAACAAGGGCUGGGGCUUUGAUGAUAUGAUUCCCUACUACCGCAAGUUUGAGACCUAUAACCCAUCUUCAGAGACCUUUGCCGAGAAGAUCAACAACAAGUACAUUGAUGCAUCGGCACGUGGCACGUCUGGCCCAAUUCAAAUCUGUUUCCCCGACGUAGAUCUCCAGUGGGUGCAGGAUGUAUGGCCCAAGACCAUACUCAACGCAGGCUAUGCACCUAAUAAAGACCCCCGCACUGGCUCUGCAAUCGGUGGCUUCAAUCAGCUGGUCACCGUUGACCCCAAAAACAACAGGAGAAGUUACUCUGCUAGUGAGUACUACGAGCCGAAUGCCAAACGGCCAAAUCUGUCCGUCUUGACGCAUGCCUUGGUCUCAAAGAUCGAGUUGGAAAAGACAGGCGGCGACGCGAGAGCAACCGGCGUCCAGUUCAUUGUUGAUGGUACUCAUCAUACUGUCAAGGUCAACAAGCAGGUCAUUGUUUGUAGAGGAACAAUUAACUCUCCUCAAAUUCUCGAACUCUCUGGUAUCGGUUCGACUACAGUGCUGAAGAAGGCCGGUAUGAAUAUCAUCGUUGAAAAUCCCGGCGUUGGCGAGAACUUGAGUGAUCACACAGCAACGGGUGUUGUUCUGGGCGCGAAAGACGAGUACCCCACAGCCGAAGCUCUGGUGAAGUAUCCACAAAUCACCCAACAGGCUAUGGAAGCCUACAUCGCUAAACAAACCGGACCCUUUGCUGCCCCACCCACAGCCACAGCCUUUGCUUCUCUCGAGAAGAUAGACGCCAAUCUCGACAAUGCCAAGGAACAUAUCCAAUCCCUCGUCGCAGACUUUGCCAAAAAGAACCCCGAUGCAGACCCAGCAGGUCGCGAUAGUUUGCUCGCCCGCCAACUGCUUGAUCCAAAGGAAGCAGUCUGUCAGGUCGUCGCACUGACCUCCGGUGCAAACGUCAAGAAUACACACAUCACCAGCAAAAUAUUCCCCAGCGAAGAAGACGGCAUGUGGGUCACAAUCGCGGCCUGCAGCACGCGCUCGCUCUCGCGCGGGAAUAUCCACAUAACGUCUUCAGACCCGACCGUCCACCCCGCCAUCGACCCAGCCUACUUCAAGCACCCGCUAGAUCUCGACAUGAUGGCGCGCUCUGUGCUCCACGUCCUGACCUUCGCCGAACUCGAGCCGCUGAAAUCCGUGCUCCGCCGCGACAAGGCCGGCAAGCCAGUCACGAGCAAAGAAUCCAGUCUGCCCUCCACCCUCGAAGAAGCAAAGGCCUUUGUACCAACGUCUACCCUCACAGAGUACCAUCCUAUUGGGACUUGUGCCAUGUUGCCGCGUGACAAGGGUGGGGUUGUGGAUGAUAGGUUGAGGGUUUAUGGUACGGCGAAUGUGAGGGUUGCGGAUGCGAGUAUCUUUCCCUUGCAUGUGCAGGGGAAUAUUGUAAGUUUGGUGUAUGCGGUAGCGGAAAAGGCGGCGGAUUUGGUGAAGGCGGGGGCGAGGGAGGCAAAUGGCAUUAAAAAGAUACAAACCCAUCAUAUUAAUGUCAACUAUACCAUACUACACCAGAUGCUAUGUAAAUGA